AUGUUAACGAGAGCCGCUCCUCUGUGUACCAGGGCAACUAGCGUAUUGAGUGACAUGUUUGCCAAUCCAGCUGUCUUUUCUCUGCUCAUUUUUGGAGCUCUGAGAGAAGGGCGAGUUCAAGGACAUGAACAGCACCAUGUAGCAUCUCGUCCACGAAAUUCGAAAUCCUUAGCCUUGGCGAAGCACUGCUGCGCAGGGAUCAUGUUGACUGUAGUUGACAUUCAAGCGCCGAACCCAUACAGUCCGCUCAUAUCAGCAUCACACGUGUUACCCUCAGCAUAA